AGAAAAACAGAUUAGGUGGAGUUGACAUAGCCGGGAGGCCAGCAGUAGAUUUUGAAGAAGCAAGGAAGGGAAACUUUGGAAUUGCAUCCUUCCUCUUUCCCAUUAAUUCCAUCAAGAAGGUUUUCCCCCUUCCAGGGACAGAUUUGAAAGGGUGUUUGGGCUUCUGUUUUUACUUCCUUUGUGUCUCUUUCCUCCUUCCACAGAAACACAAUGGCCAAACGGAUUGUCGAGUCUAUUCAGUAUGGAGGAAUCACAUUUCCCAGCAUCGUGCACAGUGAAGAGAGCAUUCGCUAUGCCCACCGGAGUUUUCAAGUGCGGGAUAGUGAUGUCUUCAAUGUUACAUACCCCAAAUCUGGAACAACUUGGAUGCAAGAAAUUCUUACUUUAAUUUAUAGCAAUGGAGAUCCCACAUUCUCACAGUCAACCCCUUGUUGGGAACGAGUGCCCUGGGUUGAACACAAUUCAGCAAAGCAAUACUUGGAGAAUCGACCCUCCCCGCGCCUCAUUACCUCUCAUUUGCCUGCAACAAUCUUUCCAGAAAAGUUCUUCACUUCACAAGCUAAGGCUAUUUACACUGUCCGUGACCCCAAGGACGUCUGUGUAUCGCUCUAUCAUUAUACCAAGAUGAGUUCAUUUCUGGAGCAUAGAGAAGAUUUUGGAGAAUUCAUUGAGCUGUUUUCAACAGGAAAAAUUCUCUUUGGUACCUGGUUUGAUCAUGUUAAAAGUUGGCUGGCCUACAAGAAUGAGAAAAAGUUUCUCCUUCUGGUCUAUGAUGAAUUGCUAAAGGAUCUACGUGGCAGUGUUCUUCGCAUCUGUGAAUUCCUAGGCAAGAAUUUGGAUUCUACUAUGGUUGACUCAGUGGUGGAAAAUGCUUCUUUUGAGGUGAUGAAGAACAACAAGAUGGUGAAUUAUACUCUGGUUCCUGAAAAUGUGCUGGAUCAAAAGAUUAGCCCUUUCUUCAGGAAAGGGGUUUCUGGGGACUGGAAAACUCACUUUACUGAAGAGCAGAGUGCUGCUUUCUACCAGCUCUACCAGGAAAAUAUGAAUGGACUAGAGACCAAAUUUCCAUGGGUUGAAUUCAGUGUUGAAAAACAUCAGGAAAUUUGAGAUUUUGGAGGGCAGGGGAGAUUUCCGCGAUCCAAAAAUGCCAAACAUGAAUUAAAAUAUUUCAUUCAAAAUAGGUAGUCCUCAAAUUAUGCCUGCGAUCUUGAUCAGGAUUGCUGUCAGUAAAAAAUACAAUCAUAAAGCAUGACAUCACACAACCACAUCACUUAGUGACAGCAAUCCAGACCUAGUUGUUGUUGUAGCCCAAGAUAUGCAAGUUAUUAUGUGUGAGCAGAACACGCCCCAUGGAAGGAAUGAACAGAUGCCACGGGGGUGGGGGUGGGAGGGAGAGGCCCUGAAAAACCUGACGCAGGCCAUGUGGGUGUGGUGGCCGCAGGCAUCGUGUGGGGACACAGGAAGGCCAAAGAAAGAGGGUAUGGGCUGCAGGCGUGUGCAUAUCGUGUGUGUCAGUUCAGGGGCUAUGGAAAGGUGGCAUGGGGAAUGCGAGUAUGUGUGAACACAGGGAAGCUGGAGAAGCGGGGGCAGGUUAUGUGUGAUUGUGGGGAAGUCGUGGAAAGAGGGCAGGUGUAGAUGAGCAUGCUGAGCUGGAAGGUGAAGUCAAACAUAUCAUCUGUUUGGGGUCAUUGCGCAACCACAAGAAACCCAAGUCCAGCCCUCCCCUUGAAUUCCAUUGACCCAUAUCUAGCACCAUUUUUUUAUCAUUAGUUGAUCAGAUUCUUUUGUGUU